GUCAAAAACUCCUAAAGGAAAAAAAUAUCUUUCCAGCUCAUAACUAUAAUACCAUUGCACUGUUUUAUUUAUUAACAAAAGUACUUCUUAUCAUUUGAAAUAGUUUAAUCCGAAUUUAUGUUAGUAGUGACUGUAAGUUUGUAUUCGUAUGUAGAUAAAAAGAUUGGUUCAAGUGUUUUGAUUAAAUUUAUAAAUAUUUGUUAAACCUGUAAAAUUGAUUGCGAAGUGUUUGUUUUAUCGUAAUAAUAGGUGUUAUUCAAAUAAUGUGUGUUGGCAGGCAGCGGACCUCGCUUUGUGAUAAAAGACAACAUUAAUGUAGGAUCUGUUUUAUAAUAACAUCAUCUGCUUAACCCCCCUGUAGCGAGGCGGGGCGGCGGGGCGGCAUGGUGCGCGGGGGGCGGGCGCGCGCGCUGCUGCGGGCGGGCGCGCUGCUGGCUGCGGGUGCGGCGCUGCUGGCGCUGGGCUGGCGGCUGGGCGGCGCGGGGCGCGCGGACGAGGGCGCGGCGGCGGGGCGCGCGCGCGGGCAGGCGGUGCCGGGCCGGCAGCUGCCGCUGGUGUUCAUCGGCGGCGUGCCGCGCUCGGGCACCACGCUCAUGCGCGCCAUGCUGGACGCGCACCCGGACGUGCGCUGCGGGCAGGAGACGCGCGUGGUGCCGCGCGUGCUGCAGAUGCAGCAGCACUGGGCGCGCUCGGCGCGGGAGCGCACGCGGCUGGAGCAGGCGGGCGUGGACAAGGAGGUGCUGGACAACGCCGUGGCCGCCUUCUGUCUGGAGGUGAUCGUGCGCCACGGCGAGGCGGCGCCGCGGCUCUGCAACAAGGACCCGCUGGUGCUCAAGAUGGGCUCGUACGUGCUGGAGCUGUUCCCCAACGCCAAGUUCAUCUUCAUGGUGCGCGACGGCCGCGCCACUGUGCACUCCAUCAUCUCGCGCAAGGUGACGAUCACCGGCUUCGACCUGACGUCGUACCGGCAGUGCCUGAGCAAGUGGAACGCGGCGGCGGCGGUGAUGCAUCGCGAGUGCCAGGCGCUGGGCGCGCGCUGCCUGGCCGUGCAGUACGAGCGGCUGGUGCUGCGGCCGCGGGAGACGCUGGCGCGCGUGCUGCAGUUCCUGGAGCUGCCGUGGAGCGAGCGCGUGCUGCACCACGAGCGCUACAUCGGCCGCCCGCACGGCGUCGCGCUCAGCAACGUGGAGCGCUCCAGCGACCAGGUGGUGCGCGCCGUGAACCGCGAGGCGCUGGACAAGUGGGUGGCGCACGUGCCGGCGGACGUGCGCGCCGACAUGGCGGAGCUGGCGCCCAUGCUGAGCCGGCUGGGCUACGACCCCUGGGCCAACCCGCCGCGCUACGCCGAGCCGGAGGACCCCGCCGCCGCCGCCGCGCCCGCGCCGCCCAACCACCCACUCGAUACUUAAAUACCUACUAAAUAAUUAUAAAAUAAAUUAUAUUACGUUACGUUGGA